AUGCCUUGCUUUGUGGAGAGAAUUCUUCCAGGGCAGGAGGGAGAGGUGAGACAGAGCGCAGAGGGCGGUCUGCUGCCAGCUGAAAGAAGUUUAUGCACUGAAACGACCUCAGGAAAAUCCAAGAUGGCCGCCAAAAGGAAAGGUGGCCUAAAACUCAAUGCUAUCUGUGCCAAGCUGAGCCGGCAGGUGGUGUUCGACAGCAGCUCCCAGAACGCAGAGGGAGACCAGAGUGUAGCAGAAAACAGCGAGCGUGGCAGUUCCCACUACGAUGACAAUGAGACCAACUUCCCCGAGAGCCUGAACCUCAGUCAGAGCCUAGAAGAGGACCAGAAGAGACGCGAGGCCAUCGAGAAGUGGGUCAACGGCGAGUAUGGCGAUGAGCCGCCAGCUCCUGACGACGAGCAGGAGCACGAACUCAAAGUCAGCAAUGACGAAGAUGGCCCUCCUGAGGGCGUGUACAUGGUCCAGCCCAUAGGCUGCAGCGAUGACGAAGACAAUGCAGAGGAGGCCGAGCCGGUGGCAGUCUCUAAGGAGGACAAAGAAGCUGAAGACAGGCCUCCAAAAGACAACACCUACAUGCCACCAAGUGAGGCCCCGAGUCGCCAAGCACCUUUCUCCUCUCCAGGAGAAGCAUCUGCCCUGCGAGACUAUGCAGCCAACACCAUGAAUGAAUUUUUGGGGAUGUUCGGUUAUGAUGACCAGCAGGUAAGGGAUGAGCUGACCAAGAAGAUCAGCUUUGAGAAGCUCAAAGCCGCUACCUCAGACUCCUCAUCCCUCAGUAGUGAGGAGGCCUCCCGGCGUGCCCGCUUCUCCAAGUACGAAGAGUACAUUCGUAAGCUUAAAGCCGGUGAGACCCUUCCUUGGCCCAUGCAUGCUUCCCCACCCAAACCAGAAGACCUCAACCCAAAAAUGGCCCAAGACAAGAGCGCUACCAUGCUCCAGACCUCUGGGUGCCUCCCAGGGCCCGAGGCACAGAUCUACCCCCCCAGCCUGGACCACAAACCAUCAGGAGGACCUCAGCUGGGCACUUCUCAGCCACCAAAUCCCUCUCAAAUGCAGAACAUGGCAUCCCGAUCCUCUAAGUAUGACUUCUUUAUUCAGAAGCUGAAGAUGGGUGAGAGUCUGCAGCAGCAGAACGGUAACGCUUACAAGCGACCCUCCAAGUACGACCUGGAAAACGUCAAGUUUUUGCACCUCUUCAAGCCAGGUGAGGGCAACCCUGACAUGGGCGGUGCCAUCGCCUUUAAGACUUGCAAAGUGGGCCGCCCUUCGAAGUAUGACAUCAGAACAAUUCAGAAGCUAAUGCCAGGAAAUCCCGAGGCUUCACUGAUGCCCAAUGUCCUCGCCUCAGCACCAGGUAACCCGGGAGCUGCUGGUGUCCCCACCGUGGGAGCAACUGGGGCCAGCAUUGCACCCGGGCUCACAAUGGACCAGACGGGACACAUAAGCUUCAAUGCUGCUGACUACCUGAAGUCCAGCUUUUCCAAGACUGACUCCAUCACCACGGGCACUGUGUCCUCUGUUAAGAAUGGCCUGCCAUCAGAUAAACCCGCUACCGACGACAUCAACCUCUACCAGAAAUAUAUUGCCAGGUUCUCUGGAAGUCAACACUGUGGACAUGUGCACUGUGCUUACCAGUACAGAGAGCAUUACCACUGCAUGGACCCUGAGUGUAACUACCAGGUGAGCAGGUUUACCAGUAAGCAGGAUGUAAUCAGGCACUACAACAUGCACAAGAAGAGGGACAACUCUCUGCAGCAUGGCUUCAUGCGCUUCAGCCCGCUGGACGACUGCAGUGUCUACUACCAUGGCUGCCACCUCAAUGGAAAAAGCACCCAUUACCACUGCAUGCAGGUGGGCUGCAGCAAGGUGUACACCAGCACCUCAGAUGUCAUGACGCAUGAAAACUUCCACAAAAAGAACGCCCAGCUGAUCAACGAUGGCUUCCAGAGAUUUCGUGCCACUGAGGACUGUGGCACAGUCGGGUGUCAAUUCUACGGGCAGAAGACUACACACUUCCACUGCAGGCGCCCAGGAUGCACAUUCACCUUCAAGAACAAGUGUGAUAUCGAGAAGCACAAGAGCUACCACAUCAAGGAUGAUGCCUAUGCCAAAGAUGGCUUCAAGAAGUUCUAUAAGUAUGAGGAGUGCAAGUACGAGGGUUGCGUGUACAGCAAAGCCACCAACCACUUCCACUGCAUUCGCUCAGGCUGCGGCUUCACCUUUACCUCCACUAGCCAGAUGACCUCCCACAAGCGCAAACACGAGCGCCGGCACAUCCGCUCCUCCGGUGUCAUGGGCCUCUCUUCCGCCUACAUGGCACCAAAGGACGACCAAGAGGAAUCGAGCAACGAUGACCUGAUGGACUUCUCGACCAUCAGCAGCAAGAACUCCAGCCUGAGUGCCUCGCCUACGACCCAGCAGUCCACCACUGUAUCGCACCUGUUGGCCACGCCCACCACUGCUGUCUCCUCCUCCUCUACAUCGGGCCACACCCUCAAACCUACACCCUCGCUGGCCAGUGCAGGCCAGCGUAUGUCCAGCCUGCUGUCCCAGGCCCUGCCCAGCAACAUGCCCGUGGCCCUUGCUCUUUCCAACAGUGCCCUGGCUGCCUCCAACCCAUUCUUCCCCCUAAUACCCAGGCUGCCUCUCCAACCACCUCCGCCAGCCGCGAGUCUGAUAUCAGCUGUAUCUUCUGGGGCCCACUCCAUGCCCACCGACUCGCUGACCCAAGGUUGCUCCACAAUUGGUGCAGAUGGAGCCAUGCCCUCAACCCCAACGUCCUUCGCCACUUCUUCCAUCAUGGAGAAAAUCUCGGCGAGCAAAGGUCUGAUUUCACCCAUGAUGGCCAGACUGGCGGCUGCUGCCCUGAAGCCCUCCAAUAACAUAGACGCAGGGAAUGGGCAGCCGGCUUCAGCCAGCCAGUUCAAUCUGGUUCAAGUGAAGCAGGAGCCAAUGGACGUCAACUCUGGGGUCUCACAGGAGUCCGCACAGGAGCACAGCCUGGACCUGAGCAAGAAAGACCCCAGUAAUGAAUCAAACGGACACCCUGUACCAGGGAAUACAUCUCUUUUAUCCUCGCUUAUGAAUAAGAUGACACAGUUCAACGCCAUGAAGCUGAAGACAGAGCUGGAGGCAGGCCAGGGCGGCAACACCUCAGAGGCAGCGCAGUAUCUGAACAGAGUGCUGAAGAGGCCUCUGCCAGAAAAAGCCACUGAGAUCUGGAGGACAUACCUCCGCAGGUUUGACACGGAUGACUUCUGUGAGGCUCAGUGUGACUUCCUUCAGAAAGUGCAUUUUCACUGCCUGGUAGAGGACUGUGGUGCACUCUUCAGCACUGUGGACGGGGCCAUAAAACAUGCUAACUUCCACCUCCGGGCCACCUUGAAAGUGAAGUCGGAGCCUCAGUUCGGUGAAGGCAAGGACUCCAGUGAGGGAGCCUUGCUGCAGCCUGCUGCGCCCGUCUCUAUGGCCAACAACCCCUCCAUGGAUGUGGCACACCUCACCUCUUCUGGCGGCUACAGCUCUCCUCCUCCCUCCCUGCUGGCCUGGAAGCAGCUGACCGGCAGCAUCCCUCAGAUGUCGGCCUCCAUGCCCAACCUGCCAGCUAACUCCCCUCUGGCCACCACUUCUCUGGAGAAUGCUAAACCACAAGUCAAACCUGGUUUCCUGCAGUUCCAGGAAAAUGAUCCCUGUUUGGCUACUGACUGCAAGUACUCAAACAAAUUCCACUUCCACUGCUUGUUUGGGAAUUGCAAGUAUGUGUGCAAGACGUCUGGCAAGGCCGAGUCCCACUGUUUGGACCACAUCAACCCCAACAACCACCUGGUCAAUGUCCGUGACCAGUUCUCCUACUACUCUCUUCAGUGUCUCUGUCCUAACCAGCACUGCGAGUUCAGAAUGAGGGGCCACUAUCACUGUCUGCGGCCCGGCUGCUUCUUUGUCACCAACAUCACCACCAAGCUGCCGUGGCACGUCAAGAAGCACGAGAAGGCGGACCGCCGUGCCGCAAAUGGCUUCAAAUAUUUCACCAAGAGGGAGGAGUGCGGGAGGCUGGGUUGCAAGUAUAACCAAGUCAACAGCCACUUUCACUGCAUCCGUGAGGGUUGCCAGUUCUCCUUCCUGCUCAAGCACCAGAUGACCUCACAUGCUCGCAAACACAUGAGACGGAUGCUGGGGAAGAACUUUGACAGAGUCCCAUCCCAGGUGAUGCCACUUGGGCAGAGGGCAGAUGGAACCAGCAUGAUCGGGAGCCAUCCUGGUAUGAACUCCAGCUUCUCCUCCGGCCUCAUGGAUGAGACUGAUGAUUACAUGGACUACACGGGAGGAGGGGGCAGCCCCCUGGGCCUUUCCUCUGAGUCCUCCAACCAGGACCGGAGCUGCACCAGCACACCUGUAGGAUCUCCGGCAGGACAAGGCUGGCCCACCACCACUUCUGCUCCUACCACCCCUGCUGACACUAGCGCAACCCAAAAUGCACCUCCUCCUUCUUCCCCUCCUCCACCUCCACCACCACCACCACCUCCUCCUCUCUCCGCUCCUCAGCCUGGCCUCCAGUCCCAGGCCACAUCCCUCUCUCCCGCUCUCCUCCGACCUCCUCUCUCCUCACUCCCAUACCUCCUCUCUCCAUCCUGUCUGUCAUACUCUCUGCUCAGCGCCUCUCUGGGAGCCACUCGGAGUGUUGUCAUGCCAACCAACACACCAGCUUUCAGCCCCAUCAUUGCCACUCCGUCUCCGGUUAAAAAUGACGUCCCUAUAGUGCAGGAUGCUGCAGGCAACACCAUCUCCAUGCCCACAGCCACUGGUGCAAAGAAGCGCUUCUGGAUCAUCGAGGACAUGUCACCAUUCGGCAAGCGCCGCAAGACCGCAUCGUCACGUAAGAUGCUGGAUGAGGGGAUGAUGCUGGAGGGCUUCAGGCGCUAUGACCUCUAUGAGAACUGCAAGGACUCGGGCUGCCAGUUUUCUCUGAAGGUGACCCACUACCACUGCACACGGGAGAACUGCGGCUACAAGUUCUGCGGCCGCACCCACAUGUACAAGCAUGCGCAGCACCACGACCGCGUCGACAACCUGGUCUUGGACGACUUCAAGCGCUUCAAAUCCUCCCUCAGCUGCAACUUCCUCGACUGCCAGUUUUCAGGCAACAGCACCCACUUCCACUGUCUGCGCUGCGGCUUCCGCUGCACUGACAGCACCAAGGUGACGGCCCACCGCAAGCAUCACGGCAAGCAAGAUGUGAUCAGCGCCGCGGGCUUCUGCCAGUUCAGCUCCAGUGUCGACUGUGAAGUUCCCGACUGCAAGUAUAAGCUCAAAUGCUCGCACUUCCACUGCACCUUCCCUGAGUGUAAGCACACGGUGGUGGGCAUGUCCCAGAUGGACUCCCACAAGAGAAAGCACGAGAAGCAGGAGCGGGGCGAGCUGCCGUCUGUGUCGCCCAAACAGGAAGUGAUGCACCACCUGGGAGGAAGUGUGUCUGCGGUCCCUCCAGCCUCUUUGGGUCGAUCUACAUCCUCACCGAGUGGCCUCCACGGGUUGUCCCGCAGCAUUAACACCAGUGCUCCCUCCAUGCUCUACCAAGCUAGCAGCAUGGGGUCUGAGUAUAACCACCUGUACCCGCCGUCCUCCAUCAGCCUGGACGGCUCCCUCAACCUGGGCACCGACACCAGCAGCUCCCUGUUCUUCCUGAAGAAUGCAGCCGGACUGGGUCUCAGUGACUCACUGGACCUCAGCAAGAAGAUGCACCACGAGGUGGUGCUGACCAACCCGCCGCCCCCGCUGGGUCUGCCGGUGGCUCAGGACGACACCACGGGAACAUCUGGAGAGGCCGAAGACGAUCUGUCACCCGAGGAGGAGGCACACGCAGAGGAGGAGGAAGAAGACGACGAUGAGGAGGAGGAGGAGGAGGAGGCAGAGGAGGAGCUCAACAGUGACUCAAAUGAUGAUUCAAUGGUGGAGCUCCACGGUGAAAAGAACAAUGGCGAGAGUUUUGAUGCUUCCGUUAACCACACUGAUACUUCCCCACUGGAAAAUCAAGACGCUGACCCAUGAAAAAAAAUAAACCUAACAGUGACUCUAGGAACUGAAUAAAAAUACUCUGUGUACUAUGAACAAAGAAAAAUGAAAGUGGCCUCAUUGAUCAUGUUUAGAGACUCGAGAUGACAACAGAAAACAACAACAGCGUGGAGAAAAAUGACGGCCCAAAAUGAUUUAUUAUGAUGUUUACAAGAUGACCAACAUUAUUAAUUCAAUUAUGCAUUAAAAAAAUAUGAACGGAGACACACAGAAUUAGGCCCUGGUUUACACACGGGGCAGCAAUGUAAAGCAUUUUACUACACAUCAGUCUUUUUGUGUGCGUGCAUGUUUGACUUUAAUUUAUUUUCAUUUUUUCACUUUUUGUGUGUGGAUAAAAAAAAAAACCUUAGAAAAACAAAUCUCUCUAUAUAACUAUAUAUGUAAGUGUGUGUGUGGACGAUGAUAUACAAAAGGAAAUUGCUGGCACGGGGCCGUGGAGUCAUAGAAAAAGGGAUGUGAAUCACUAAAGGGGAAACAGGAUACGUUCAAACAUUUGAUCUUUUUUUCUGUAUUAAUAUUAUUAAUUAUUAUUAUUAUUAUUAUUAUUAUUAUGAGGCACUGAGAGAAGAGGGAGUUACAUUUUGCUUGUUCCCAUCUCUCUCAGGUGUUUUCCUUUGUUCUCAAUGACAUGUGGGAUUGACCAGUGAAUAUUUGGUCAGUCUCGGCAGUCGGGCUUCCAGCAAGCCGCCGGUCUCAACAGUUCUCUGACAUUCUGCUAGAAAUGUUUGACCAGCACCAAAACCAAGCUCAGCUCUUGUAAUUUUACCCCCCUGCUGCGGAGGAAUCAAGUUUGUGUGUGGAUAGUGCACUUUUAUAUUAGCUGACCACGAUGAUUACGAUGAUGAUAGAUAAACUCAUAAGCAUAUUUUAAAAAUAUUUUUGUUACCAUUUGCAUCUUUGCAUUACAAUGUCGUUUUUUGUUGUGUUGUUAGUCAGAAGCAUAUCGAUCUGUAAGCAGGCGAGGUCGUGAUUAACGGCCGGAGAGUCAGGAUGUGGGGGGAAGGUGGGGGUUGGGAUGUGGGGUCGGACCGACCAGAGGAAACGAUGAGUCACUCAGAAGAAGAGCGACAGGGGCGACCGAGGAAGCGUCAGGGAGUGUGUUUUAUGUUGAAAUUCUUCAGACCGAAAAUGUCUCAACGGCAUUUUGUUUCCAUUCACUAUGGCUGUGGUUGAGCUCCUGUUGUAACGGUUUUUAUUUAAUAUUUAUGUGACCUUCCAAUGAGAAAUUUCUAGGGUGUUAUUGCACUUUUUAGGUUCAUUUUUACCGUCUGAAAAAAAAAAGGAUAUAUAUCUUUUAACAGGGAACUUUGCUUUAAAGAUGUUGUUUUAGUUCACUUUUGCUUUAAUGCACAAAUAGAUGUUAGUGUGACAAAGAACUGUUGUUCUGUGAUUUAUUUAAAGACUGGUUUUUAUUUUGCUUCUGUGAUUCGACAGUUUGAAAAAAAAAAAAAGAGAAAAAAAAAAAGGAAACAAGUGCGCCAGAAAAGAGGGUGCCCUGAUGAGAAACACUAAUGCGGACUGUGAUUUUAAAUGAAUUCUUAAGAAGUUGAUGGCAAUGCUCACUUACUGUAGUACUAAAUUAUAAAUCUGUCAAAGCCACACUCUGGUUUAUAUCGAGCGAAUAUGUUCGACCUAGAAGUGGACACAUUGAUCUUGAAUUAUCUCUUGAGCUUGGCAUUGGAAAUAAACGAUCACAAUAUAGGGAAUAAUAAUGUGUGUAGAUGAUAUUCCUCCAGAUAUUGUUUUCAGAAGAAAAAAAAGGUUGUACAGUAUUUUCCUCUGUAAAAAAUGACUAUAUAUGAACAAAAUGCUCUUUGAUGAACAGCUUCCUUUAAAAAGAAAACCGUUAAGAGGAGAAAUGAAUAAUAAAAAGUUAAAAAUUCAAAUAGCCUCAUCAUAGUUUGCUUGUGUGCGUGACCUUUUUUAAUUACCCCAGAUUUCUUGGGAAAAGUUGUUCAUACUGUAGCAUUGGUAGAUUCCGUUAUGAUGUUUGCAGUAUAUUUUUUUCUUUUUCAAAACUAUGUCAGAAGCUCAAACUAAAAUACACUGAUUUGAAUUCAUUCAUCGAUGUUUCUGUUUUAUUUAAAGACUCGUUUUCAUUCAUUGUCAUUUUUCUAUGUGUGUGCUUUUGUUUUUUUCUUUCCCUCAUUAAUUGAAAUUCUUGGUUUAUAUUUACUUUGCUGUGGGCAUGCCUCGUUCACAGACUGAACUGUCUCCCGGGAUGUCACAACGUUUUGUUUUGUUUUCUCAUCAGAUAACUGUAGGGGCUGGGAGACAUUGUGCACUUGAAUUCAGUUUAUGUGUGUUUGUGUGUGUGUACGAGUGUGUGUGAGGGUGUAAAAUGGCAGGAUUUGUAAAAAGUUGAAAAUAAAGGAACUAUAAUUAUUAUAACGAUACACAUGUAGUGAUUGGUAGUUGCUUCAGCUGGAGGACGUGUGGAGGGGAAAAGUGCUGCUGGACGUCAGCGGAGCGAAAGGUCACAGCAGCGAACUCUGACUCUUUUUCUAUCUGUCUGUGUCUGUGACGCUACUGAAAUGUGUGUGUGUGUGUGUGUGUGUGUGUGUGUGUGUGUGUGUCUCCCCCUGAGAGAGACAGAUAGGCCACGGCUGUAAGAACACAGACCUGUGGCUCCGUCCCAGCUGCUCAAAGCCUCGAUUCAUAUUUCAUGACCUUGUGCGCCUUUUUUCCCUGCUUUUUUCCACUUUAAAUCUAACUGGGACGCUUUCCUGCUGCAGAAUUUCAAGAAAAACAAACAAAACUAACUAACAUCUGCAUUCAUGCAGGUAGAGGAAUCAACAAUAUUUGUUGCCCGUCGUUCAUGCUUGACAUUCUGGUGCAAGAACAAGAUCAGAGGACCAUUAGGGAGAUUUAGAUGCCUGCUACUGCUAACAAGAUGGCUCUCUGUGUCUUGUUCAGUGUUAACAGGGCACAUUUAUUUUUUUUUAGUUCUUUUUUUUUUUUUUUGCCUUGAGCCAUGUGCUGGGUUCUCCUCCCACUCCCUCAUGUCACCCAGUGGCCAGUGUGCUGGUUCUCUCUGUCCCUACGUCUACAGCUGUUCCUGUCCUUCCUCCUUCUCUUCCUUGUGAUGUUUUUUUUUUUU